GAAAGCGAGCGAAAUAAAAUUCAAACGUCUAUGAUAAUCAUAAAGGUCUUUGAUACAAAGGAAAAAUAAACCCUUUUAGUUUAUUUAUUGUUUAUAAUACCGAAGAAAGAACAAAACCGAUUUCCAAGAGUAUUAAUCUUGUCAAUGUCCGCCAUAAUGGUUUCCCUUCUAUGAAUGAUUAACCGCAAAAAAAACAAUUGGAGCGAUUGGGGCGAGGGAGGGGGAUUCAUUGUACCGUAUAAAUAUCUGGAGAUAGUGAGUAUCAAAACAGUGGAGCUCUGAUCGUUGCUGACUUGGGAAGGCAUUUCACCAAGAUACAAUGGCGAAUCCCUGCUCAACAGUGAUUUUCUUCAUCAUCACCUUGACCUCCUGGAUAAUUUCAACGAGUCUCGUCGCUGGGCAGGAAAAUGUAAGCACCACCACUUAUACCAAUAAUUCGUUAUUGGCACGUGCGAAACAACUGUUGAAUAAAGUUGAUGGAGAGUAUGGCCAGUGGAAUAAUAAAUUAACUCUGGCCUCUUGGAAGUACGCGUCAAAUUUAACUGAUGCAAAUCUUAAAAACCAAAUCAAUGUAUCGGCACAAUUUGCUGAUUUCGUGCGACAAAUGACGGUGGAAAUAAAUGAUUUCCCAUGGCACGGUAUUGAGGAUAAACAAAUUAAAAGACAAUUUAAAAAAUUGUCGAGUCCCGGUGCGUCGGCCCUGCCCAAGGACAAGUACACUGAGUACAGUGAAAUCAUCAGUAGAAUGGAAAAUAUAUACGCAACAGCUAAAAUAUGUGACUUUGAAAAUCCAUUUAACUGCAAUUUGGCAUUGGAGCCGAACUUGACAGAAAUAUUGAUAAAGAGUCGUGAUCCUGAUGAAUUGAAAUAUAUAUGGACGGCAUGGAGAGAUGCAAGUGGAAAAAAAAUGAAAAAUUAUUUUAUACGAUACGUUCAAUUGAGCAAUGAAAUAGCCAAAUUAAAUAAUUACACUGACAUGGCGGCAUAUUGGAUGAAAGAUUAUGAAGCUGAUGAUUUUACUGAACAUAUUGAGGCCCUGUGGCAACAAUUAAAACCUCUCUAUCUCCAAAUUCAUGCAUAUGUACGACAUGCUCUACGCAGAAAAUAUGGAGAGGAUCUUGUCCCCAGAGACAAACCGAUUCCUGCACAUCUUUUUGGUAAUAUGUGGGCACAAAGUUGGGGAAAUAUUGCUGAUAUAGCAACACCUUAUCCAGGUAAACAACUACCAGAUGUUACUGAUGCUAUGGUUCAACAAGGAUUGAAUGCCACUGCUAUUUUUCGAAUAGCAGAAGAUUUUUUCACCUCCAUUAAUCUCACCGCAAUGCCCGACACCUUCUGGAAUAAUUCCAUCCUGGAAAAACCCGACAAUGUCGAGUUAGUUUGUCAUGCAAGUGCUUGGGACUUCUACGAUGGCAAAGAUUUUCGAAUAAAACAAUGUACCAGAAUUAACAUGGAAGAUCUAUUGACUGCCCAUCAUGAAAUGGGACAUAUACAGUACUUUCUUCAAUACCGAAAUCAACCAACUGUUUUCAAGGAAGGAGCUAAUCCAGGCUUUCACGAAGCAGUUGGAGAUACUAUUGCUCUGAGUGCAUCAACUCCAGAGCAUUUGAAAACAAUUGGACUGCUUGAUGAUAUACCAACGGAUAAAGAAGCAGUUCUCAAUCACCUCUACAUUAAUGGACUUGAAAAAAUAGUAUUUCUUCCAUUUGCUUAUAUGAUGGACAAGUGGCGAUGGGGUGUCUUCCAAUCUCAUAUACUCCCUGACACUUACAACUGCCAAUGGUGGAAUUUAGCUGAAGAAUUUCAAGGCAUUACUCCACCUAGUCCACGUAGUGAACAAGAUUUUGAUCCUGGUGCUAAGUACCACAUAAUUGCCAAUGUUGAGUACAUCAGGUACUUUGUCAGCUUUGUAGUCCAAUUUCAGUUCCACAAAGCCCUUUGCAUUCAAGCAGGACAAUAUAACCCAUCAAACGUAACGGGAAAAUCAUUGAGCGAGUGCAACAUUUAUGGGAAUGUCGAGGCUGGAAAUUUAUUCCGAUCCAUGCUGGAGCUUGGAUCGUCGGUGCCAUGGCAAGAUGCUAUGGAAAAAAUCACUGGUCAACGAAAAAUGGAUGCUAGUGGACUUUUGGAGUACUUCAGACCUCUACAGCUGUGGCUCGAGGCUGAGAAUAAAAAGAACGGGGAACACAUUGGCUGGAUAACGAGUAACAAGAUUUGCGCAGCAAAUCAUUAAUAUUUUACACCGAGAGAUACAAAAACUAUAAUAUUGCCUACAAAAAUGAUUGGCGAAUAUGGAAGAAAAAGCUCAAUAUGUACUCAAUACAAUCACUGUGAUUUGUUUUUUAAUAAAUAUGAAAUACGAAA